UUUUUUUUUGUAUGUGGCAUUAUUACCCGUUCUAAUACCAUGCAUGCUUGAAAAAGACUGUCGUAAUUGUAUUGACAAAGCCAGACAAUUAAGGCUGGGUAAAGGUGGUGGCGAAGCACUUACUGAGUACUUCAAGAGGAUGAGGUUGCAGAAUGAUGGUUUUGUCUAUGUGAUUGAUGUCGAUGAAGAGCUGAGGUUGAGAAAUGUGUUAUGGGCUGACGCACGGAGUAGAGCAGCGUACAAGUAUUUCGGAGAUGUGAUCACCUUCGAUACGACAUACCUGACAAAUAGAUACGGUAUGCCAUUUGCUCCAUUUGUUGGGGUAAAUCAUCAUGGACAGUCUAUAUUGUUAUGGGCUGGUUUGAUUUCAAGCGAAGACACAAGUACUUUUGUAUGGUUGUUUCGGGCAUGGUUGGAGUGCAUGGAUGGUCGCGCUCUAAAAACGAUCAUAACAGACCAAGACCGAGCAAUGAAGAGUGCUAUUGCAGUGGUCUUCCCACACACUCGCCAUAGAUAUUGUCUAUGACAUAUAAUGCGAAAACUGCCUGAGAAAUUGGGAUCUCACGCUGCCUUCAAUGUAGGGUUGAAAACUGCCAUCCAAAAUGCCCUAUAUGAUUCACAGACAUGUGGUGAAUUUGAGGAGAAGUGGAGGCAAUUUAUUAAGAAGUAUGACUUAGGUGAAAAUGCAUGGCUGCAAGGGUUGUACAAUGAGAGGUCGUUUUGGGUACCGGUUUACCUUAAGGAAGUUUUUUGGGCAGGCAUGAGCACCACACAGCGUUCUGAAAGCAUGAAUGCUUUUUUCGAUGGUUUUGUGCAUUCUGGUACAACGUUGAAAGAAUUCGUCGAUCAAUUUGACAAUGCACUGCAGAAGAAGGUAGAGCUCGAGACGACCGCUGAUUUCAAUUCGUCCAACCAAACCAUCCCAUGUUCCUCCGCAUUCCGCAUUGAAAAGCAGUUUCAAGCCGUGUAUACGAAUGCAAAAUUUAAAGAAGUCCAAAGAGAGGUGUGGGGAAUGAUUUUAUGUAACUGCAUACUUAUCAGCAAGGAAGGUUGCAUUUCCACCUACGAUGUUUUAGAUGAAAUUACCACUGAUGAUGACCAUGUCAAGAGCAUCAAGUACACAGUUUACUUUAACAAUGAGGAGGUUGAUGUGAAAUGCACCUGUGCGUUGUUUGAGAUGAGAGGAAUUGUCUAUAGACAUGCAUUGAACGUUUGUCAGAUGAAUAAGAUUCAUGCGCUACCGGAGAAGUAUGUCUUGGAUCGAUGGAGGAAUGAUUUAAAGAGAAGAUACACAAUGGUAAAAAGUAGCUACGAUGACUUACGGCAAAAUGUAGAUUCAGGGAGGUAUGAGCUUGUGGUAAAACGAUGUUCCAAAUUAGCAACCCGUGUAUCGUCGAGUGAUGCCCAUGUUACUGCAUUUAUGCUCCACUUGGAUGAGUUUGAGAAUAAAUUUAAAGGAUUAACACAAGAGUCCGGUUCAACAAAAGUAGCAGAGACUGUGCAGACAGACAAGGGUAAGAAAAUAUUAAGCCCACAUGUUGUCCGAGGGAAAGGGAGGCCGCCAACAAAAAGGAAGGUCCCACCUGUGGAGAAGGCUGUGACUAGGCGAAAGAAUAAACAGAUACGCCGGAAAAUAUUUGACGAUACAUCCGAGCAAUGUGAGGUAUCGGAAGCUCCAUAAAGUGGUCAGUACUGUCGCACAACCAACGCCACCUGACAAUGAGUAGGUGCUCCAAGAAGAAGACAAACGGAUUGGGAGAUUGUAAUAUCCAAGAUAGUAGUUUGGUCUUUGUAAUGUUUUAUGUGUUAUUUGAGGGACUAGUAUGUAUUUUGGGAGGAAAAACAGAUUUUAUGUAUAUUGUUUGGGAGACUGAUGGUUCAUGUGUUAUUUGAGAGACUAGUGUGUAUUUUGGGAGGAAAAAUAGAUUUUAUGUAUAUUGUUUGGAAGACUGAUGGUUCAUGUGUUAUUUUAAAGAAUAUUAUGUAUUUUGGCAGGAAAAACAGUUUUUAU